AUGUCCAAACAGUCCACAUGGCUGAAAAAAAGUCAGAGUGAGACGCUCUCACACAAUUACUACCAAAUAGGUCUUAUCUGCGCGUUGCCUGACGAGGUAACAGCAGUGACAGCCAUUCUGGACGAAGAACAUGAACUGCUUGACCAGAAUGAGCAAGACUCCAAUGUAUACACACUUGGACGCGUUGGAGCACACAAUGUGGUUGUCGGCUGUCUUCCAUUUGGAGCUAGUGGUGGGGCAACAGCUGUAGCCAAGGACAUGUUGCUAAGCUUUCCCAACAUCAAAGUGGCGCUGAUGAUAGGCAUUGGAGGAGGUGCACCUGGAUCGCCAAGCGAGGAUCCGGAGUCAGAUAUCAGAUUGGGCGAUGUUUUUGUGAGCAAACCGGGCUUUCCUGAUGGAGGCCUGGUGCAGUAUGAUUACAACAAAACGAUUUCCGAGAGCAGGUUCGUCCCCAAAGAGCAUCUCAGUCGUUCACCAAAUGUUUUGGUGACCGCACUUACCAAGCUGAUGACUCGCCAUGAGCUGACGGGCUCUGCGGUCCCACGUCACUUGGCACUCAUGCGUCAGAAAUAUCCGAAGAUGAAACAGAAAUGGCAGCAUCCAGGGCUUCAGAAUGAUAAAUUGUACGCCAAAACUUUCAAACAUAAUAAUUUCAACCAGCCUUGUGAGGUCAUUUGCCGUUCAGAGCUAGAUGAGCAUCUGGCUAUGAAGGAUGCUGUCACGAGAGAGAAACUCCAAUUUCCAUGCCUCAUUAUCAGAGGUAUAUGUGACUAUUCCGAUUCCCAUGAGAAUAAAACCUGGAAGGCCUAUGCCGGCGCCGCCAGUGCUGCAGUUGCUAAAGAGCUUCUGGAAGGUAUUCGCUCAGCUCAAGUCGAAAAGACGGAUACUGUUAACGAAGCACACAAUGAUCGAGAAAGCUUUCUGAACUGGCUCGCUCCAUCCACCUACCACCAGAAGCAAGCUGAUGCAUAUAAACUAUGGGAGAAGGGAACCGGAACUUGGUUCUUGGAGCACCCGCAAUUGAAGGAGUGGUUGGAUGCACACCGCCCUGAAAAUCGAAUCUUGCUAUGCUCGGGAGGCCCUGGUGUAGGCAAAACUACCAUGGUCUCGGUUGUAGUAGAGCAUCUCCGCACUUCGGAGAAAGAACAAGGGUCAAUAGUAUGCUUCUUCUUUUUAAACCGAAAUGCGCAAACUGUUCCCAGAAUGAUUCGCGCGAUUCUCCGGCAAUUGCUUGAAGGUCUUCCUUCUAUUCCGGAUGAGUUCAUAAACCUCCAGGACGAAACACAAUGCUUAUCCGAGAAGGGGAUUCAACAAGCUCUGAUGAAAGCUGCUAAAAGUUACAAGAGAGCUUUUAUAAUUGUUGAUGGUUUGAGCGAAAGCCCACUGUUCGAAAUACAUGACUUUUUCAACGCUAUCAUGGAGAUGCAAAGUGCUGGUGCUCGGGUUAUGGUAACUUCCGAUGAUACGAAAGAUCUUCGACUUGAGCCACAAUCAAAAAACCAGAAUCGAUUUUCUGAGUUGGAUAUACGAGAUGGGAAUAUUGAAAUAUACAUCGAUCGAAACUUUGACCUUUCAGGCUUCUAUUCCCUGCCUGCAGAACAAGCUGAGAUCGAAAAAUUCAAAAGAAUCAUUAUUUUCUCUGCGAGAGGAAGUUUCUUACUCGCUCGACUUUACUUGAACUGGCUGAAAACAAAAGACACACGGGAGAAGUUAGAAGAAGAGCUAGACAGCAUAGCGAAUACCCACACCCCUUCUCACUCGUCCACAUUGAAUGAAGCAUAUCGAAAGACAUUCGACAUAGUCAAAAGAUCACCUCGAAGGUUGGCUUUUUGCGUUUUGUCUUGGGUCUUCUAUGCGAUGAGACCUCUUAGUACCACUGAGCUGAGCGAGGCUUUAAAUACACAACAUCAACGCAAUAACAAGGAACUGAAAGUGAAACAUGCGCCUCCAGAUAUGCCAGGUCUCGUCUCCUUGAGUGAGGGUCUUAUAGCUAUUAGUCCCAUCAGCGCGACUGUUGACUUUGUGCAUCACACCGCUUACAUUUGGUAUUCUUACAAUCGUACUGGUUUCCCUCGGGUUAGGAACGCCAGCAGAACCAUUGCAAUGACUUGUCUUAAGUACCUAAGUUUUGAGGCGUUUGCUACAGGAUUUGUGCAUGACCAAGAGGCACUGAAAAACCGAAUCGACAAACAUCCGUUUCUGAAUUAUGCGGCGCGUUUCUGGGCGAUUCAUGUUCAUUUUAAUCAAAACAGUAGCAAAGUACGGAGUGCGGCGAAAAGAUUCCUUCAAAACACUUCAUUGGCAUCAUGCGCCGAGCAAAUCGUUCUCGGAGUUCCAUUUCGGCGAGAGGAUCCGCCCAUAACUGGACUUCACUUGGUGGCAAAGUAUGGACUGGUCACACAGUUUGAGGAUUUGACAGACGAGGAUUGCCAUAUGGACUUCAACGGCCGAGAUGCUUUUGGCGUAACACCACUUCUUCAAGCCAUUAAAGGCGGACAUGUGAACCUGGUCAGAAUGCUUGUGGAGUCAGAUGAGGUUGAAACUAACAUAUGCGAUUUGGACGGAUGGACGCCUCUUAUGUGGGCAGCAAAGGACGGAUCUACGAGGAUUACCCGAUCUCUGCUAUCAGUUGAUCAAACCCGGUUGAAUUGCCAAAACAGACAAGGUGACUCCGCGCUCAUGGUCGCAACUAAAUUCAAUCAUCCCAUUAUUGUUGGAAUACUGAAGCAACACGAAAGUCCUGAUCCAAACUUGACAAAUGAAAAUGGCAUGACCGCUCUUAUGUUUGCCGUUAGGAAUUCAUCUGUUGGAAUUGUCCAAAAACUGCUCGGAAUCGCCAAUGUCGAUCCUGAUAUCUGCAACCAUCAUGGUGCCACUGCCCUUGGCUUUGCCGUUCUGAGCAAAAAUGUGGAGAUUGUUCUAUCAAUUCCAAUAUCAAUAAGGAGCAGGCGAAGACAUUUCUGGCUCUCUAACCACCCCUCUGAUGCAGUUCGCCGGAACGAUGCUGUCAUGGUCAGUCUGCUUCUUAACGAAGGCAAUGCCAAUACCAGCAUACAGUCUCCUCAGAGCAAGACCGCACUUGAUAUGGCCAAGGAAAAGGGGUAUGACGAGAUCGUUCAAUUGCUUUCUGCCAAAAGACCCCGGAGAUCAUGA